UUUUCUUCAUGUUGCGCUCCGGAAUUUGUAGUGCGUUCGUGUCAUUUCCGUGCCAGCAACCCGUGCACACCUGGGAACAAGGGAUAGAGCGUUGCAUAGGCUAAAUACUGAAGCACAUGGUGACGGCAACCUCCAAACUGGAAGAGUCUUUACACGAAACCUGGCCAUUCAAAAAAGAACUCCUUUGAAACUUUUUUUUUUGGUUCAGGUCGUCAACGCUGAAAACUAACAGACUGGAAUCAUUUUACUUAUUUUUUUCAACGAUGUCCUCAAAAGACAAUCCUUGUCGGAAAUUUCAAGCCAAUAUUUUUAACAAAAGUAAAUGUCAGAAUUGUUUUAAACCCCGAGAGUCGCAUUUGUUGAACGACGAAGAUUUGAACCAGGCAAAACCCAUAUAUGGAGGUUGGCUGCUUCUGGCUCCUGAGGGAACAAACUUUGACAAUCCUGGCCACAGAUCUCGGAAAUGGCAGAGAAGGUUCUUCAUCCUGUAUGAACAUGGAUUACUGCGCUAUGCCCUGGAUGAGAUGCCCAGCACUCUGCCUCAGGGCACCAUUAACAUGAACCAGUGCUCGGAUGUAGUGGACGGAGAGGCCAAGACUGGCCAGAGGAACUCCCUCUGCAUCCUGACCCCUGACAAGGAGCACUUCAUCCGGGCGGAGAACAAGGAGACCAUCAACGGGUGGCAGGAGAAUCUGGUGGUGUACCCCAGGACCACCAAGCAGAACCUGAAGAAGAAGCGCAAGGUGGAGCCGCCCACCCCUCAGACAGCAGAAGAGUACGAUUCCUUUCUGGAGGCAUCACUCAUCACUCAGCCCAGCACCUGGAGCAGCGCCCUCACGCCGGGCACAACACCCACAGGCAUUCACCUGCCCCCACCCCUUCAGGAACCUGCGCCGGCCAAAGUGACGGUGACCGGCGGCGGCGGUGAGGGCGGCGGUGGAAACCCCUGCCACUCCAGAGGCAUCGCCCCGGCGGAGAAAGUCCCCUCAAGCCGCUCUACACUGUGGCAGGAGGAGAGGCGAGGGCGGGGGGUCAUCCCCUGCAGCCGCAGCGCCCCCUGUCUGGACCAGCUGGCUCACGCCACCCAUCCCCAUAGCUCCGCCUCGUCAACCUCCGUAAGAGAUGCUUCAAAACACUCACUGAACGGUGGGCGGAAGAAACGUGUGGAGAGCGGCUACUUCUCCCUUGAAAAGGCUAAGCCUGACUCCCAGCCCCCCCAACGCCCCCAGCAGCUUCCCCUGCCCUCUCCCAGUGACCCUGAGGGCUCCCACAGACGGUCCCAGGUGAUUGAGAGAUUCGAAACGCUGGAGGGGGAAAAUGUGGAGCACAUGGAGAUCGGCUCCCCCUCAGAUCCCUCUUCUUCGUCCUCCUCCACCGGCACCACCCGCCAGGGCCGCAUCGAGAGGCGCUGCAACUCCAAGAAAUCGGAGUCAUUAGACGCUGCUACAGAGCACUCGAUGCCCGACGUCUCCCGGUCCUCCCUCUCCGGCUACAGGCGCGCCAAAUCCCUGGACCGCAGGGCCACGGAGUCCUCCAUGACGCCUGACUUGUUGAAUUUCAAGAAAGGAUGGAUGACUAAGCUACAUGAAGACGGGCUUUGGAAGAAGCACUGGUUUGUUCUCACCGACCAGAGUCUGCGUUACUACAGGGAUUCCAUUGCGGAGGAGGCGGCUGAUUUGGAUGGCGAGAUUGACCUUUCCACUUGUUAUGAUGUCACAGAGUUUCCAGUGCAGAGGAAUUAUGGGUUCAAAAUCCACACAAAAGAAGGUGCAUUCGCCCUCUGUGCCAUGACCACAGGAAUUCGUCGCAACUGGAUUCAGGCCAUCAUGAAGAACGUGCGUCCCGCCAUUGCCCCCGACGUCACCCGCUCCCUCCCAGAAGAAAAGGCCAAAAUGCGGACAGCCCUCGGAGUCUGUCACCAGGCACCCACAGAGCUCUGUGAGGGCUCGGAGCAGCCUGUGUUAGAGGGAACAGUGGAGACAGGGAGCAGCUGCAGCUCAGAACAGCGGAAGAGCCGGAUCAGGGACCGCCGGCGGGAGGGCCGCUACAAAACCUUCGACUGGGCAGAGUUUCAGCACGGAUCGGCGCAAGAGAAGGAGGAGCCCGACGGGCAGCUGGAGAACGCGGCGGACACCGCGGGGGACGUCUCCAACACCUCCUCCUCGACCCUCUCACCCCUUUCCUCUGUCUCCUCCUCCUCGGUCGCCCCACUCAGGGACCCAGCGGUGGAGGAGCUGGAGAGGGAGCGGGCGCGCCGGCGUGAGGAGAGGAGGCGCCGCUUCCAGAUGCAGUCCGUGACCACACCCACCAACACCCAGCCAAUCACAGCGGCUCCUGCCAUAGGGGGCGGAGCCAGGGCAGGUGAGGACUGGGAUAAGGGGACAACUGAGGCAGAUUGUGCCCCGUCCCUGGCUGAGUCCUCGGGUGAAUACAGUGGAGAGAAAGACAAAGACACCCACGUGCAGGUGGAGAUCGAGCAGCGCUGGCUCCAGGUGGAGACCAUGCCCCUCCGUGAGGAGAAGCAGGUGCCCAUCUCACACCCCCCUGAUCCCCCUGCCGACAGACCAACCCCACAAGAGCUGGCAGUCCUGCUUGGCAAAGAGCUGGAGCAGACACAGUUGGAGUUGUCCAAACUGCAGGAGGAGAACAGCCUCUUACAGGAGCAGCUUCAGGAGGCGCAGGCCCGGGAGCAGAGCGCCAGGGAGGGCUAUGUGCUGCAGAGUGACACGCCGCCAUCUUCAUCCUCAUCAGAGCAAACUGGCUCUUGGCAGCAGCUGCAAAAGCUCAAUCAGGACCUGCAGCAGGAGCUAGAGGCACAGAGGCACCUGCAGGAUAUCACCAACCAGCAGGUGCAGGUCCUGAAGAAGGACUUCAGCUCGGCCCAGGACGUGAUCCUGCACCACGAGGCCGAGAUCCAGGCCCUGCAGGCCAAGCUGAGCGACGCCAAGGCUGAGAUCCUGACGAGGGAGCAGGCGGUGGGAAGGGUGUGCAGCGAUAUGAUGUCGGAGCAGAAGAGCUUCCAAGAGCAUCACGGGGAGUGGGAGCGCAAUGAGCAGACCCUGCGUGCCCAGCUCAAAGACAGCGAGGACCGACUGAAGGACGUGGAGGCCCAGCUGCUGGAGAGGAGCCAGUCUCUGAGGGACCUGGAGAGGCAGCAGGCCCUGCAGCGGGACCACCUGAAGGAGGUGCAGAAGCUCCAGGAGAGGCUGAAUGACAUCUCGGCCCGACUGGUUGCCAACGAGCAGGCGCAGGCACUGAAGGAGGAGCAGCUGCAAAUAAGCGCCGAGAAGGAGAGGCAGAGCCUGGUAGAAAGCCUGGCGGAAGCAGAGGUGAUGAAGCGCGAGCUGGAGGACCGGCUGCAGAAGGCAGAAGAACGUGUUGAAGAGCUUCUGAGGGAGAAGAGCGCCCCUGCAAUGGAGAGCAGCGAGUCAGAGCACCAGCUGGAGGAGCAGCUGGCAGCGAAGAUGGAUGACAUCCAGAAGCUGACCGGGACAGUCGAACAGCUACAGGCGGAGAAGGAGCAGCUGACCUGCCGCUGCCAGGAGCUGCUGAACCAGAUCACAGAGGCAGACAACGAGGUAGACAAGCUUCAGUCCCGUCUGAAGGCAGAGGAGACUGACUGUUACAGUCUUGAGCGGUCCUAUCAGAAGGUAUGUGAAGAGCUCCAGAGGACAAGCAGGGUACUGUGGGAGAAGGACGAGGAGAUCCAGCAGACUAAAGCCAUGUACGAGAGCCUGGUAGAGAAGAAAGAGAAGGACCUCAACGAGGCCCUGGUAAAAAUGGCCGCAUUGGGAAGCAGCCUUGAGGAGACAGAGCUGAAGUUGAGGGCUAAAGAGGAGCUGGUGUGCAAGGGGGUCAAGGAGCCAUGUGAUGCAGAAAAGGACUUGCAGGCCAAAUUAGAGGUUGCAGAGAACCGUAUCACUGAACUGGAGCACCACCUAAGCAACCUCCAGCUGGCAUACGCCAACCUCCAGAGGGAGUACUACAAAGCUCAGGAGGACAAUAAUUUUGUGAAGAGCAAAGGGGGUGAGUGCGUAUCAGUAGGAGAGGAACUAGAGUUUAGUUUGACUGAUGCCAUCCCAUUGGAAGGCAUGGAGAAACUCAGAACAUCCUCAGAGAUCAGCAGAGACCACUCCCUCUCUGAAGAGAAUGGCUCUGUUGACCCGUCGUAUCAGUGUGUAGCUUCUGGUGCCAAUGACGCUGAGAAGUUCAUCACUGUCAUCCAUGAACUAGAAUCCAAACUCUACAGCACUGAAGAGAAGCUGAAAGUCAUCAAUCUGAAAUUGGAGGAGCAGCAGAGCCUCAAGCUGGAGGCUAUGAAGGAACAGCACAGCCAGUGGACCGAGGUUGAGGCGGAGCUCCGCUCACAGCUCAACGAAAGUCUGUCCAGAGUGCACCAGCUGUCUGCCCAGCUCCGGGAGGAGAGGGACAAGAGGUGCUCUUUCAUUGAGGAAAAGAACUGCCUCAUCAGAGUGGUGAAUGCCAAAUAUGAGAAGGCUUUAGCCUGCUUAGACCUGAGUAGGGAGAAGGUCCAAACCCUUCUGAGGAGUGAUAAAGAAGGUGGCACAGAAUUGCUGCACCACACGCUGUCAGAGAUAGAGACAGAAACGGAGAGCGGUGCAAAGCACCGCUGCAGAAAUGACAGUGACAUCACUGGCGGUUCUCUGUGUAUGCGGGAGGCUAUGAUCCAGGCUCAGAUUGCUUAUGUGACUUUCAAACAGAGGAUAGACAGUGAAAGGGAACUAAAACAGCGCAAAGAACCCUGUCAGGGCACGGAAUACCUGUGCAAGGAUCACGGGCGCAAUGUGAACACUAUCCGUGAGUGGUGCGAGACCUCCCUUCAGGAGGAGUGCCAGAACCUUGCUCAGGUGGUGUCCAGCCUCCGGGAGGAGAACAAGACCCUGAGGGAGGAGGUCUCCAACUACGUCUCCGCGCUCUCCAGGCAGCAGGAGCAGAUAGAGCAGAUGGAGGAGCACUUCCGGAGCAAGGUGGAGAAGGUGAAGGCCAAGUACGAGCUGGAGAUGAGCCAGGCCGAGCAGACGAGGACUGCCAAUGAGCUAAGCCUGAUGGAGAAGACAGAGGACAGCCAGCGAAAACUGGAGAUCGUUCUGCUAGACAUCGAGAACAUGGAGGACCGGCAUGAGGGGCACAUGCAGAAGCUGGAAGAGAGGUUCCAGGAGAAGAUCCAGGAGCUGCAGCAGGCCCACAAGGAGGAGAUGGAGCAGCUGCACAACCACUACAAUCAAACAAUACACACCAUGCAGCAAGCAAUGGAUAGGCUUAAGGCCAGGCAUCCUGAGGAUUUGCCCGACCCCGAGGUAGACCGACUCCCCUCAGACCCCUUGGGGGAGCCUGCUGCCAAGAUGGGAGGGACCAGCCAGGUGGAGACGGACUCCAUGACAGUGCUGAGGGAGAGGAUCCAGGAGCUGGAGAUGCAGGUGAACUCCAUGGAGGACGAGCUCGGGAACAAACACCUGGAGGGAGACAUGUCCAGCCUGAAGGAGAAAUACCAGAAAGACCUUGAGAACCUAAAGGCCACGUGCGAGCGGGGAUUCACAGCCAUGGAGGAGACGCACCAGAAGGUGAUCGAGGAGAUCCAGCGGCAGCACCAGAGGGAGGUGUCCCACCUGCUGGAGGAACGCGAGAGGCUACUAGCUGAAGAGACGGCUGCCACCAUCUCUGCAAUUGAAGCCAUGAAGAAUGCCCACCGGGAGGAGCUGGAGAAGACGCAGCGCUCCCAGCUGAGCGGCAUGAGCUCUGACAUCGAGGAGCUGCGCGGGCAGUACAAGGAGGACUUGCAGUCUAUCCACCGGGAGCUGGAGGUGCUGUCGGAGCAGUACUCCCAGAAGUGUCUGGAGAAUGCCCACCUGGCCCAGGCUCUGGAGGCCGAAAGGCAGGCAUUGACACAGUGCCAGCGGGAAAACCAGGAGCUCAACACGCACAUCCAGGAGCUGAAUAACCGCCUGACAGUGGAGAUCUCCCGCAUGCGUACCUGUCUCAGUGGGGAAGUGGCCGCAUCCUCCCGCACACAGGGCAAAGAUCUGUACGAACUAGAGGUCUUACUACGGGUGAAGGACUCAGAAAUCCAGUACCUUAAACAGGAAAUCCACUCCCUAAAAGACGAGCUGCAGUCUGCACUCAGGGAUAAGAAGUACACCGCAGACAAGUACAAGGACAUCUACACAGAGCUGAGCAUCGUGAAGGCCAAAGCCGAUUGUGACAUCAGCAAGCUGAAGGAGCAGCUGAUGCUGGCCACGGAGGCCCUGGGGGAGAUGAGCCCCGACGGCCCGACCACCGUACAGGGAUAUGAUAUCUUGAAAUCUAAAAGCAAUCCAGAUUUUCUGAAAAAAGAGCAGUCGACUCUCACCAGGCAGAUCAGAGGUGUCAGGUCAAAGAGCCUGAAGGAGGGUCUGACAGUCCAGGAGCGCAUGAUGCUGUUUGAGACGGUAGACUCCAGGGAGACCUGAACACCAUGGUUGGGUUUUCUUGUCUCUCCCCCCCCUGCCCAAAUCCUGAGCACCAGCUAGUCUCAUUUCAUCCACGGACCCUCAGUACAUGUGUAUAAGUAUAUGGGAUUGUCUGUGAGAAACUUCUGGAGAAAGACGGAGUCACUGAAGGGAAUGACAAAUGGUGCAAGGCCAGGCAGCGUUGGACCGCCCGUCACUUCUCAAAAUGAGAGGCAGACUCACUGACAUUUUAUCUGCUCUCGCCCACCUGUGCUGGUGUCCUUUGUUCACACCUGCAUAUCUUUUUGAGGAUAUGAAAGCGAUAAUCGUGGUUCUGAUGCUGCACUCGUUCGGAUCUGGUUCCCCUGAGCGCUGCCGGCGCACAGCCAAGGCCAAAUUGCAAAGUUGUACAUGUGUCGAAUGCGUCUGUCUGUGGUGGGAUGAGAAUGUGAUUGCCCUCCUGUUGUACAUUUUGAAUGUAUUUAUUUCUAUUUAUACGACCUCUCAAGCUGGAAUGGAUGUGAAGAGACUGUGGUGUGUGUAUGUCCAGGUAGAAUGGCAUGUACGGAGUAUUUAAAGUUAAAACCAAUCAGCAACUGCCAAUAAUGCAGCUUUACGGUCAAGGUGAAAUGCACAUGGGAAGUUGUAUUUUGGGUGUCUAUUGGUGUCCCAUAUUUAUCCCCAUUCUAAUGGAAUAGGUGGUGAUGUAUAGGCUUCCUUUUAUUUUUGUGUUCUGUUCACUUUUAAUCAUUUUUGUUCAUGUAGGGGGUUUGUAGUAAAUUUAAAAUAAAUUUUAAGGAAAAGCUCAUUCUUACAGAGGCAAUCAGAUACAAUAACAGUUGCACACAGAUAGCUUUAUAUUUUUGUGUUCACUUGGAUUUUAAACCUGCCUUGUCAGCAGUGGAAAUGACUUACACAGUUACACAGCUAUUGGGAUUUGUAUUGCAUUCAUGAAAAUUUAACCUGCAUCAUCACUCAUCCAUUUUUACCAAAACAGU